AUGGGUCGUGGCGCCUGGGCCGGAAGCGCGCCCUACCGGCCCCGCGGCCCCCGCACGCCUGGCCCGUGCCCCCGCCCCGCUGCGACCCGCCCGCCCGGGGAGCCUCCUACCUGCAGCGGCGGCGCAGCGGCCGCGGCGAUCGGGGGAGGGGCCGGCGAGAUGCGAGCGCGGGCGGCCUCGACUCCUCUCGCAGGCUGGGCGGCCGGGAGGGCCGCGGGCUCCGGAGCGCCGGGCGGCGGCGGCGCGCCCCCGGCCGGCCAGGCCCCGCCGCGCGCGCAGCGGCCACAAAGCCCGGGAGCCGCCGCCCCCUCGCGGGCCGCCCGCCGCCUGCGGGUCCGCAGGCGCCGAGGAGGGCGGGAGCGCGGCCCCGCGCAGUCCCCACCUCCCCAAGACGCGGUCGCCGACCUCCCCCGAGGUUCGGGGCGGGGCGCAGGGGGUCUCCCGCCUAUCCACCCCUCGCCCUCCUGCCCGACAUCCUUGGGUUUAUUGAGUUCCGUCUUCCCACCUCGGCGGACGAGCUCCUGA